AUGCAACAUAAUGAACUUACGGAGGUGGCCAUGAUUACUCGACUACGAUGGUCUAGGAGGAAAGAUUUUAUUCAUGGUAAAGGAUUCAUUCACCCUAACCUACUCAUCAGUAAAGCCAGAAAAGAAUUAGAACUUUAUACCAACUUACAGAAUACGCAACCUCCAAGCUUAGACAGGGUCAAUGAUACGAACUCUUCUUCAUGGUUGAGACCUUCUGAAGGGACCUACAAGUUGAAUUGGGAUGCAUCUAUUAAUGUAGUAGAGGGAUUAGUUGGUGUUGGUGCAAUUCCAAGAGACUGUACUGGUCAGGUCAUUGGUACCCUCAGAGCUAAAAGAAAUCUAAAAGCAAAUUCCUUUAAUGGUGAAACCUAUGCUAUGAUGCUUGGUGUUCUUUUCUGCAAGGAAAUAGGUGUUACAAUGUUCGCCCUUGAGGGUGAUGCCUUGUCGGUGGUAAACAUUUGGAAAGAGCCGAAAUCUUAUUGGAGUUAUGAAGGCUUAUUGAUUAAGGAUGCAAGGCAAGUGCUGGAUUCCUUUGCAGUUUGGACUGUUAACCAUACCAAGCGAGAGGCAAAUAAGGCAACUCGCAUUGUAGCAAAAAAUGCUCUUCAUCUUGCUGAAGACUUGUAUGAUUUAGAAGAUAUUCCAAAUUGUAUUAGGCAAAUUGUAAUCAGUGAUAUGAUGUAA